AGAUGGUGCUUCAGAACGACAUUGAUUUGCUUCACCCACCGGCUGAGCUCGAGAAGAGGAAGCACAAGCUCAAGAGACUCGUGCAGACCCCCAACUCUUUCUUCAUGGAUGUCAAGUGCCAGGGUUGCUUCAACAUAACAACUGUGUUCAGUCACUCGCAAACUGUUGUGGUGUGUGGGAAUUGCCAGACGGUGCUGUGCCAGCCGACCUGUGGCCGUGCUAGACUCACUGAGGUUUGCUCUUUCCGAAAGAAGGGAGAUUGAUCUGGGAUUAUGAGGAGGGUUCUUAAUUUUGUAAUGGGUUGUUAGUUCUUUCUUGUAUCUGUGGUUCUGUUAGUGAAGUCUUCUGCACAUUUGUCUUAUGUGGUAUGCUAUGAAAUGAAAUUUAGUUGAUGACUCUUUUCUUUUGGAUUAUGAGAUGUC